AUGGCUCAAACAAAAAAAUCCGUUAGUGAAUUUAUUCAAGAUGCAUUUUGUCCCAUGGUUGCUGUUUUAUGCAGUUAUGAUGCUGAAAGUAUCUGUCGAAAAAAUAAUUUAACAUUUGCAGAAUUAAUUCAACCAUUCUGUCGUCUUCCAACUGAAGUUAGUUAUCGUGAUCCAUCAAAUAAUUUAAUAACAUUAAAAAAUCUACGUCUUGAGAUAAAAGAUUUCAAUUCUUUACCUCCACAAAAUACUUUAGCUAAGAAAUUAUUAAAUGAUUCAGUAUCAAGUGCAUUAAAUAAUGGAAUAGUUAAUAAUGAACAUGAAAUAAGUACUGAACAAUAUGAAUUACGUAUAAGAAAUACAACACCUUGGUUUGACGCUUGGCGAGAUUGUUUUUUACGUAUAAGUUAUAAUGGCGAUCAUGAAUAUCUUAAAAAUUAUCUUGCCUGUAUUAUGGUUGUUUCAACAUCUCAUCUUGAUCCAAUGGAUGCAUUUGCUAAACUUGUUCAACAACAAAAUCUUCAACAACAACAAUCACCAGCUAAAUUACCUAAAUGGUUUAUGACAAAUAUAUAUAAAUAUUUUGUUUUACUACAUGAUGUUACUGAAGGAGAAGAAUCAAAAGCUGUAUCAGUAUUCGGUGAUCUUAAACAACAAUAUGGAGCUGGGAAUUGUCAUCUAUUACAAAUAAAUUCUAAACGUGCUGGUCAAACAAGUGGAGAUACAGAUGCAGCAACUAAUAUGCCUGAUCCAUGGCGUCUCUAUGUUAAACAAUCAUCGUCUACUACUCAACAACAACAAGAAUCACAAUCAAUAUCGAGAAAAGAAAGUUCAAUGAGUGAUUCUUUAUCAAAUUUAACAGAACUUAUUGAUCAAGAACUCAAUAUUACUACAUCAAUCUCUCAUCCAUUAAGUUCAUUUGAUACAUCAAGUAGUGAUUUAACUUCUAUAGGAACAACCGAUGAAGGAUAUGAUGGUUCAUCAAUAACAAGUGCAUCUACAAUUAUUCAUGGUGCUUGUUUAACAUUAAGUGAUCAUGAUAGAAUUCAUGUAUUUAUGAAUGAAUUUGUUACAAAAGGUCUUCUUCUAUGGGUCGAAACAAAUUUAAAAACAUUUAACGAACAAAUAACAUCACGUCGAGGUUUAACAAAAUUUUUUUCCAUGCCGAAAAAAUUAUUUGGUAGUAGUACUACAACUGCUAAAAAUGUUCCAUCAACCUCUUCAACAAAUUUAACAAAUGAUUCAAUGGAAAUUCGUCGUGCUGGUGAUUUGGCAUUUCUUUUUCAAAACUAUGAAUUUGCUUACAAUAAUUACUAUGCAGCUAAACGAGAUUUAUCACGUGAUCAAGCACCCACAUUUUAUGCUGGUGUUUUAGAAAUGUGUUGUCUAUCAAAUUUUAUGCAAGAAUCAUCCGCAAGUAAAACUUAUCCCGCACAAUAUAUGGAUGAAGCUAUUGAUAUUUAUUCACUUGCAUGCAGAUUACCUAUAUUUGCUACACGCUGUGUACUUAUGUCAACAGAAAUAUUGAAAUCCAAAGAAGCAUAUGAUCAAGCUGUACAACAAUUUCUUAAACUUUCACAAGAAGAUUCGGAUUUACGCGGUGCACUUUUUCUUGAACAAGCUUCACAUUGUUUUCUUAAUUAUCGACCACCAUACAUACGAAAAUAUGCAUUUUAUAUGGUUAUUGCUGGACAUCGUUAUUUAAAAGCCGGACAGCGUUUACAUGCUCUUCGUUGUUAUACUGAUGUUCUCAGUAUUUAUGAAAAACCAAAUUGGUCAUUAGCUUUAGAUCAUAUUAAUUUCACACUGGGUAAACAAAGUGCUUCAUUAAAUCAUUCCAACGAUGCAAUAAGAAGUUUUAAUGCUCUCUUUGCACCAAAUAAUCGUAUACAAAAUGCUCAACAACAAAUUAAUUUUUUUAAGGAAUAUUUAACUGUAUUCAAUCAAUUAACAAAUUCGCAAACUAAUCUACCUGAAUUACCAGUACCAGUUAUAGAUAAUUCAACUAUUAAAAUACUUCUCGCCGGUCAACAACAACCACAAAUAGGUACUCAAGUAUCGAAUUGUAAUGAUUUCGAUUUUGAUGAAACACGAAAAGUAUGGUCAGAUCUUGAACGUACAAUAACUGCACAUGAUCGUCGAGCUAGCGGUACACGUACACAAAUAAAUCUUUUUACAAGUCGUACGCAUAAUCAACAACAUCCAAUAGCUGUUGCGAAUGAAACUAUACGUGUGGAAUUCUAUGUACGAAAUAUACUUCAAGUUCCUUUAUUAUUAAGUGAAGUACAAAUAUUAUGGAAACAUUCAUCAAAUAGUUGGAAAAGAAAAUCAAGUGUAUCAGCAGAGAAUGUAGAAGAUUCAAAAGAAUUUACUAAUGAUACAUUAACGAAACAAAGUGAUGAACCUGUUGAAUGUGAUACUCUUACUGACUGUGUUGUCUUUCCAAAUGAUACUUUAAAAAUCGAAUUAUCAUUACGACCACGUCGUCCUGGUUAUCUUACAAUUUUAGGUAUAUGUUAUCGAUUAAAUAUUCUAGUACAAAAUAUAAGUGAUCAAACAACAUGGCCAUAUGGAAUUAAAGGCAAAACAUUAUUUCAUGUUAAAGGUACUCGACUUAAUUCAAAUCAUAAAGAACGUCUUAAUGUUAUGUAUGGUGUUGAUAAACGAUUAGAAUUACAAGUUAUACCUGAAGCACCAUUACUUCAAAUUGAAUAUUCUCCAAUGCCUACUGCAAUAUUUAUAUAUUUUUUUAAUCGCCAUUCAAUGGCAACCACAACAGCAGUUGAAGAUUGUAGUAGUUUAACAGUUACGACAACUGAAACUGAUCAAUCUGUUCAACCUCAUUCACCUACACUUGUACUUGAAUUACAUCGUCCAACUGAAACAGGUCCACGUGUUCGUUGGUCAGAAGAAACAAUUGAUAAUGAAUUUAUGAAUAAAAAAAAAUCGAAAUGUUGUUGUAUAUUCACUAAACCACAUGAUCCUCAAUCAAAUGAAGAUAAAACCACUGAAGUUGAUGAAUAUAACAACUGUGAACAUUGUCGUUAUCAUACAGAAUCAGAUUAUGCUGCUAAACCCGAAGAACGUCAACCUAAAGUGAAGAUAAUUGUUGGAAAACUUCAAUAA